CAAAUUUUAAACUCCUGUGCUGUCGAGUAAGUAAUGUUAUAAUCACGAAUUAAAGUUUUAAUUCGUGGUUAUAACAAUUUAUAUUUAUUUUUGUCUAUUAAUUUAUUAUAAAUUAUUAAUACAACUUGAAAUUUUCUUAACUAAUGCCUUCAAAGUGUUAUUCAGUGACCAGUGUUGAGUCUUCAGUGUCCACUAGUGAUUACGACAAUACUCUAUCGGAAAUGCGAAAUUAAAUCAAACUUAAUAUUAAGUAAUAUAAUAUAAAAGUAAACCGUAAACUAUGUCUUACAGUAAAAGAUUCUCAAUCGACGAUGCUUUUGAAGAUGAACCAAUUGAUGAUAUAAAAGUGUAUGUGUCUAAUUUAGGAAAUUCACCUUUACAAUCACCUGGGCAAACCAAAUUGACUAACUAUGGUGGUAUUGAAAAUGAAUCUAUUUCAAGAACAAAAAAAUUUGAAGAUACAUUAUCUCGAGACAGCGAUUCGUUGAUAUACAAUUCAACAGCACAUUCUAACCAAAAGAAUUGGUGUUGGCACCAUCCUCAAGUGCGAGAAAAUUGGCGUGUGGUACUAGCUGCUGUAAUUUUAUUCAUCAUUGGAAUUGUAUUAUUAUCAGUGGCUAUAAUUGUGCAGUUGACUCCGAACACAGAUUAUCAUCCAAUAGUGUUUUUCAUUGCUGGUUUCAUAUGUUUCAUACCCGGAGCAUACCAUGUUGUGUAUAUAUAUUUAGCUGCAAGAGGACAUCCGGGUUACAGUUUUUAUAGCUUAUCUUUAUUCAACUGAUUGUUGUGAAUAUCUUGGUGAGAAUAAAGUAACAAGUUGUAAAUUUUAUCUAUUUAUAUGUAAAAUAUUGUGUAGACAAUGUUACAAUCAGUGACAUAAUUUAUUAUGAAUGCAUUCAAAGUCUCUGAAAUUUAAGCUGAAUUUUAUGAAACAGGGACAAUUUAUUUUAAGGGCCUUUGAAUUUAAUCUGAUGUUGGGACACUAGUUUUAUGUAAUAGUAAUGACUAAUGACUAAUGAAGUAUACUUUUCUUGAUGUGUUAUUCACACUUUA